AUUCAAGCAAUUCUCUCUCUCAGCCUCCUGAGUAGCUGGGAUUACAGGUACCCGCCACCAGGCCUGGCUAAUAUUUUUGUGUGUUUUGCAGAGAUGGGAUUUCAUCAUCUUGGCCAGGCUGGUCUUGAACUCCUGAUCUUGUGAUCCGCCUGCCUCAGCCUCCCAAACUGCUGGGAUUACAGGAGUGAGCCACCGCACCCAGCCGACAAAUCACUAUUUAAACUUCAGUAUUAGCCUGACAACAGUGGAUUUUGUUGAUAUGCAUGAUCAUGAUUCCCAAAUGAUUAGUUACUUGUUUUACACUCACCCCAAGCUUAUCAAAAUUAUUAUCAGGAAGUAAACCCAUCAACUUAUUUAGCCCAAAGCUUCUCAAAUUUGCAUGAGUGUACAGAUUACCUAGGGAUCUUGUUAAAAUGAAGAUUAUUUUCAGUAGGAUUGGGGUGGAGCCUGGAAGUCUGCAUGUCUGACUGCUUCAGGUGAUGCUCACACUGCUGAGCCUGCACACUACACCUUUGGAGUACAAGCGUAGAAUUUUAAUUUUUGUCCCAAAUACAUAAUUAUUUAUAUAAAGGUAAAACUACAGUGUACACACUAUUUAUGGUCUGUGCUUUUUUACACUUAGCCUUUAUCCCUGUUUUCUGCAUAAUUUUCAUAAUUAUGAUUUAUAUAAAUCGUAAAGUUAAUGUGACAUUAUUAGGAAUAUAUACCUAUUCUCAGUUAUUACCCCAUUCUAAAUAAUACUGGAUAGAAUUCCUCUGGGCAUAUAGCUUUUGCUAUUUAAUUAUUUCCUUAAGAUAAAUUCCCAGCCGGGCGCGGUGGUUCACGCCUGUAAUUCCAGCACUUUGGGAGGCCAAGGUGGACAGAUCACGAGGUCAGGAGAUGGAGACCAUCCUGGCUAACACAGUGAAACCCUGUGUCUACUAAAAAUACAAAAAAUUAGCCAGGUGUGAUGGUGGGCACCUGUAGUCCCAGCUACUCGGGAGGCUGAGGCAGGAGAAUGGCGUGAACCCGGGAGGCGGAGCUGGCAGUGAGCCGAGAUCGCACCACUGCACUCCAGCCUGGGCGACAGAACAAGACUCCGUCUCAAAAAAAAAAAAAAAGAUAAAUUCCCAGGAGCAAUUACCAGGUCAAGGGGUAAGAAUAUCUUUGCUGUUUAAUGGGUAAAAUUUUGCAAGAUGAAAAGAGUUCUAGAGAUGGAUAGUGAUGAGAGUUGCACAACAACAUGAAUGCACUUAAUGCCAUUGAGUACCAUUAAAAAUGGUUAUGAUGGUAAAUUUUGUAUUAUGUGUAUGAAAAACUGUUUAUAAAGAGAAGGGGGAAGCCCUGCCCCCUCCUGGAGACUGCAUAGUGGGCGGAGUCGGGCGCCGCCAGGCUGGCAUCCGGAAGCCAGAAGUCCGGAGCCUAGCAGCGCAAGAGCGUCUGUUACUCUCUCUUGUCAGAUCCCCGCCGGAAGUAUAGGAAGAGAGCAAGCGGAUUUGAACCUAUCUGCUUUCAAGCUGGUCAUCAUGAUGAAACUUAGAAACAAAAAUGAAAAGCCAGGUAAAGGUUCCAAGGGCUGUAAGAAGCCUGCAAAACAAAAUGGGAAGAAAGCAACCUCCAAAGUGCCCUCUGCUCCUCAGUUUGUUCACUCCAAUGAUCAUGCCAAUCGAGAGGCUGAAAUAAAGAAGAGGGUUGAGGAGAUGAGGGAGAAGCAGUAAGCUGCCCAGGAGCAAGAAAGACAGAAAUGCAGGUCUAUCAAGAGCUACUGUGAGGAUAUCCUAAGACGCCAGGAGGAGUUUGAGUGUAAGGAGGAAGUUUUGCAGGAAUUAAAUAUGUUUCCUCAGCUGGAUGACGAGGCCACGAUGAAGGCUUAUUACAAGGAGUUCCGUAGGGUGGUAGAAUACUCUGAUGUAAUUCUGGAAGUCCUGGAUGCCAGAGACCCAUUAGGCUGCUGCUGCUGCUUCCAAAUGGAGGAGGCUAUCCUACGGGCAGAAGGCAACAAGAAGCUGGUCCUGGUCUUGAAAAAGAUUGACCUGGACCCCAAGGAGGUUGUGAAGUGGCUGGAUUACCUUCGGAAUGAGUUGCCAACUGUAGCUUUCAAGGCCAGGACCCAGCAUCAGGUCAGCUUUGGAGCUGAAAACCUCACAAAGGUUCGGGAGAACUAUUGCUGCCUUGGUGAAGUGUGCACCCACAUCCAUAUGGGCGUUGUGGGCCUUCCCAAUAUUGGGAAGAGCAGCCUGAUUAAAAGCCUGAAGUGCAGCCAUGCAUGCAGUGUGGGAGCCAUUCCUGGGGUCACAAAAUUCAUGCAGGAGGUCCACCUGGACAAGUUCAUCUGGCUGCUGGAUGCUCCAGCCAUUGUUCCAGGGCCCAGCUCAGAGAUGGGCACCAUCCUGCAUAACUGCAUCCACAUCUAGAGGCUGGCAGACCCCAUGACCCCAGUGGAGACCAUCUUGCAGUGCUGCAACCUGGAGGAGAUUUCCAACUAUUACCUUCUCUCUGGGUACCAGACUACUGAGCACUUUCUGAUGGCAGUGGCCCACCAUUUGGGGAAGAAGAGAGACUUACACAGUCAGGCGCAGGCAGCCAAAGCUGUCCUAGAUGACUGGGUGAGCGGGAAGAUCAGCUUCUAUAGACCACCACCACCCACUCACACUCUGCCCGCCCAUCUCAGUGCUGAGAUAAUUAAGGAAAUGACCAAGGUCUUUGACAUCGAGGAUACCGAGCAGGUCAAUGAAGACACCAUGGAAUGCUUGGCCACUGGAGAAUCUGAUGAGCUGUUGGGUGACACAGACCCACUCAAAAUGGAGAUCAAGUUGCUCCAUUCUCCGAUGAUGAAAAUAGCAGAUGCCAUUGAAGAUAAAGCUACUGUGUAUAAGAUUGGAGAUCUCACUGGUUAUUGCACCAAUCCGAAUCAUCAUCAGAUGGGGUGGGCUAAACUCAAUGUAGACCACCACCCUAAAAAAAACAGUAAGGUGGAUGUGUGCCCAGUGGACUGCUGCCCAGUACUGCAGAGGAUGAUGGAAAUGGACCCCCUACAACAGGGCCAGGCUCUGGCAUCCUCCCUGAAGAAUAAGAAUUUGCAGAAAUGUGCAGAUAAAAUCCCCAGGGAGCUGUCUGAUUCCAUGAUAUCUGCUCUCCACCUCUCUGGCAAUGCUGAUGGCAGUGUUGGUGACUAAUUGACUGAUCUCACUUCCCUUCCAAUCCAAGCACCAGUUCCAGUGGGACGGGAGAUUACCAGUGAAAUAGUUUGGUUCUCCCUGAAGCAUCUGCGUAUUAAAAGAACCCUUCCCCCAACUAUGUGUCUUUUCCUCCCACUGUUCACUCUCCAGGAAAAAGAGCCCCAAGAGGCUGGAACUGAUAAACCCAAUACCCUUUAUUUAAUCCCUACUCUGUUUUACAACAGAAAUAGAAGAAGUAUCAGCAGGAAAAAAAAAAUAAAAGAAUAUGCCCCCCCCCCCGAAAAAUAUCAUUACCCCCCUAAAAAAUACCAUUUUUUUGAAAAGAAUGGUUUUUGGGGGGUAUUACCCCCAAAAAAAUUAUUGGGGGGGUAUUCUUUUGAAAAGAAUGUUUUUUGGGGGUAUAUAAUAUACCCCCCAAAAAAUAUUAUUCUUUUGAAAAGAAUGGUUGCAUUAAUAAAUGAUUUGCCCUUUUAGAAAGAAUAGCCAAAUUACACUGCCACCAACAUGUUUACCUCACUUGUAUCACUAUUUAAUGUCUUAUGUUUUUUAAAUUUUUUGCUAAAUGGUCUAAAAUGAUUCUUCAAGAUUGAAGUCUGUAUUUUACUUCUAUUAAGAUUGAAAAGUAAACAUUUAUCCCUGUGGUUUUUUACUAUUUGUAUUUCCUAUUUUGUUAAAUGUACAUUCAUGUCAUUGGCCCUUGUUCUGUCAACGUUGAACAUUUUCCUUAAAUUUAAAAGAGCCCUUUUUAUAGCAUAAUAUAUUUUAAGUAUUUCUACUAGUCUUUGUUGUCUUUUAAAUUCAGAUUUAAGAGA